AUGCAAUUUUUCAAACCUUUCCUCCUAGGAUUCCUGUGUGUUGUCGAAAUAACUGCAGCGCCAGUCUCGAAGCAUGACAUGCUUAUGAAUUGCAUGAACAAAGAGUUGGACAAUAUGAACAACGAAUAUCAGUUGGGUCCUGACGAUAUGGGAAAAUUGAAACGGGUCAUGGAUAAGAAAAUCAUGCAGUUAUCUUUCGAUAAACCCAUGGAAACAGAGCACAAAAAGCGACCGGGAGCAGCAUCAAUGGCUCGCAAAGCUAUGCCAGGGGUUCCGCCCGAUACCAUCGAUAAAAUGUUGGGUGGCCUCGCAAAAUCGAGCAUGCAUUGCGCAAAUGUCCUGCAAUGA